AGACCUUACAAAUGUGAUGUUUGUGAUAAAUCAUAUAGUCUUCUACGUAGUUUAAACUCUCAUAAACGAUGUCAUAAAAAAGAAAAGCCAUUUCAGUGUAACUAUUGUGAACAGCAGUUUUCUACGAUAGGAAAUUUAGAUAAACAUAUAGUAAUACAUUCUGCUGCUCAACCAUAUAAAUGUGGUGUGUGUGAUAAGUCUUUUACUGAAAUGAAUAAUCUCAGUUCUCAUUUAAAAGUUCAUCGAGAUGGUCCCCCACAU